GGUGGGGUGGGGACAGAACCAACAAUAAUGGGAAAAUUUUCUUUCUUAUGGCACUGGCAAUGUGCCUUUAGCUUGAUGUGGCCUGAAAACAGAGUUUGCUCUCUGCCAUUCCUGCUCUUGCCUGGUGAACUGCCAGAUGUGGGAAUAAGGGGCCCUGAGAAGUCCCUCUGCCACAAUUGUCCCAGGAAGCUAAUAAUCAGGAGGGGACAUCUGCAUAUGCAGAUAUGUUUUUUCUAACAGACAAAGUUUGCUGGAGACAAAUGACCUGUGUGCCUUCGUCACUUAUUCUCCAUCAUCUGGCUUCUCAUUUCACACACCACACAGCCAUUGUUUAGGGUCAAAAUGAUUCAAAGUAAAUAAUUUAAAUGGAAGCAGUCAAGUCGUAAUGUGGAGAAGGCUGAUAAUGGGAAUUAGUGUCUGGGACAGGGAUUGCCGUAGGUAUGGUGAGUAAGCCAGAGAGCUGAAUCACUUCUGUUGGUGACACUAUGGGGACAUUAAAAUAGCUUUUUGGGCAGAGGGGAUGGGAUAAUAGAUGGGUUAAUUUUUAAAAAUUGUAACUGAGUUCCAAUACUCAUUUUUGUCAAGGUUUCUGGGAAGUAGCAAGUAUGUGGAGAAGGUGAUGAUACAUAAAGCUAGCACUGAGCUAUUCCCAAGUAAUUUGCCUUAAGCGGUGGUUCCUGAGAUGGAGGCUUCUGUUGGGCCUUAGUUUCCUUUUAAUACAGAAAAAAUGUACAAAGCACACAUGGGUUUCAGGAGAUUUCUCAGCAAGCUGAAAGGCCCAUGGCUUGUUUAUGAUACAGAAGAGAACCUUGCUUUUAUAUGAUGUAUGCAACAGAAGAGUAUUCACGGAGUCCCUUUAUGUUUUGCGACCACCAUGAUUUGAGGAUGAGGAAUAAGGCUUCUUGAUCACACAGCCACAGCUGUCAGCCACUAAGAGCAAAGAGGGCACAAAAGGAUACUGAAAUGCACCGAGUGCUGCUGCCUACGUGUGUUUGGGAGGACUUGCUCACCUUCCAGGUGCUCCAGGAACGUCCUCUUGAGGACUGAGACUGAAGGGAGACAGGGAAACAGCCCAAGUGUUUAAAAGCUGCUAUUAGGAAGAUGGAAAUCUCCAAGACUGCCCAGGGGGAUGACCUGGUUUGCUGCAGUGAGAGCAGAUUGGAGCAUGGCGCACAUAUUAAAGACACUCAACAGCUGGUUCUGGUGGGAGAAUAUAUGGAUGCCUAUCAAUGUCACAUGGGCACAUUUUGUAGACCGUGAUGGCCUUGUCUUUCCAAAACCACAUCAGUUGUAUGCCACAAUACCAUAUGCUUUUGUAUUGCUGAUUAUCCGAUUCCUCAGUGAAAGAUAUAUUGCUAUACCUCUAGCAAAAGCCUUAGGUAUAAAGAAUGUAAGACGUGUGAAGCCACAGCCUAAUCCUGUUUUAGAGAGUUAUUUCCGGGAGUGCUCAAAACACCCAUCCCAAUCAGAGAUUCAAGGCCUUGCCAAAAAGUGCAACUGUACCGUCCAUUUGGUGGAAAAGUGGUUUAGGAGACGGCGAAACCUUGAGAUCCCAACCGUGCUUCGGAAAUUCCAGGAAGCUUUCUGGCGAUUUUCAUUCUAUCUUACAUCUUCCAUUGCUGGAUUUAUAUUUCUAUAUGAUAAACCUUGGUUUUACGACAUAUGGCAGACGUGGGUUGGCUAUCCGUUUCAGACUUUGCUGCCAUCCCAAUAUUGGUACUACAUGGCUGAGAUCAGUUUUUACUGGUCACUCCUAUUUACACUGGGGAUCGAUAACAAAAGGAAGGAUUUUCUGGCUCAUGUCGUUCAUCACUUGGCAGCCAUUGGGCUAAUGAGUGGCUCUUGGUGUGGCAAUUAUGUGCGUCUUGGAACUCUGGUGAUAUUUGUGCAUGAUACUGCAGAUUUCUGGCUUGAGGCAGCCAAAAUGUUUAAUUACGCUCGCUGGGAGAAAACCUGCAAUGUGCUGUUUAUCAUCUUUUCUAUCGCAUUCUUCAUCACAAGGAUCAUCCUGUUCCCCUGCUGGAUUCUGCGUGCCACGUUGUAUCAACCUACAUACUACUCCACUACUCCUGUCAUAGCAUACUUCUUAUUCAAUGGGCAGCUAUUGAUCCUUCAAGGCUUGCAUUUAUAUUGGGGUUAUUUAAUCUUCAAGAUUUUGAGAAGGUUCAUUUUCUUAAAGGACUUGAAAGACGACCGGAGUGAUGAAGAAGAAGAAGAUUCUGUUACGGAUAAUGAAGAGGAGUCCACAAAGAAUGGCAAUAAGAACGGCUGUGGGUCAAGCAAACAUCUCCUAAACAGCAGUCACCAGUAGCCCCCUCCCGUCCCACCUCCUGCAGUGAUUUCCACUCUGUUUUUAACCCAACCUACAGGAUAGAACUUAAGUCAAAAGGCUUAUGAGAGACUGUGAUUGAUUUAUUGUUGGCUACUGGACCUGGAAAAAAGCCCAGCUUACAGGACAGGCAAAAAUUGCAUAACAUGACAAAACGUGUUAAUGGCCCACUUUCUGAAUAGUUGCUUAAUGUUCGAAGAGGUGUUUGGACACACUGACUGCACCACUUACAGUGCUUAACAAGGUGAAAGUGUCAGGUCAUUUAGUGUUGAUUCUAACAUGGCUUUUCAAUCUGAUAUAAGACAUAUUUCACCAAGCAGCUUCAUUCAUAGGUGUUUCAUGGUAGGUAGGUAGUGUGAACUCCAUUAGGAAACAAAAUUACUCAAUAUGGCAAAAUUUGACAGUGGUGUACAACAACUAGCAUUGUAGUCUCUACUCUUUGAUUUAAAACCUCAUCCAAAUGGCUAUUUUUUGCAAGUUAGAUCUCAUGUUCUGGAGGCCAGUGGAAGCUAACAUGGAGGAAGUCGAGCUAUUUGCUUCUGAAGAGCUUGCUUCACAGCAGUAGUAUGGUUUACAUCCAAAGUGUGCUUGCUGUAUGAUAGACAGUUCAAAUACUGUGUUUGGAGAUUUACCAGUCAAGAGAUUUACCGGUUUUGAGAUUUACCAGUCAAGAAAAUCACAAGAAUCAGCCCCAAUUCUCCCCUGAGCUCCAGGUUUCAAAAACGUCUUUAAUCUCAGUCAUUUUGGCCGUAGGCCCACUGUUAGAACAGAAGGUGCAGUGUGGAGGGAAAAUAGUGAAUGAAAAUUGGGUCCUCUCACAGGUUCUUUUGUGCUUCUUAUUUGCCUUUAACACUGCUGAACUUCCUGGAUCCUGACACAUCUACAGCCCAGAAGAUUAAGAAUGAAAGAGCAGAGAUGGAAAUACAGGUUCUGAUAUCAAAUGAACACACAGCACUUUUUGAAAACAGUGAAUGACAUCAGCUAGAGCCAAAAGUGGAUGCGAGCAUGGGGCUGAGACCACAUAGCGGUGUUAGGGCCAUAAGAAGUGGAAGAACCUCUUCUUACCAAACAUGCUUCAUGAGCUGGCACCUUUGUUCUAAUGCUAGUAUAGCAGCAUUUUUAGUCCUGGCACUUUCCAAGGAGAGCCUGGAUCUUUUAAACAGCGCAGUGCCCAUCUCAAUUCCAGAUGCGUUUAUCUCCCAAGGUCCUAAAUGAUUUGUCAUAAGUUUUACGGGUUGGAAGCUCUCCGUGUGGUUCUGUGGUAGCUGAGAUAAUCUGGUGAACUAAAUCCAGCAGCUUGAUAAAGACAAGGAGGACCACUGCUAAAACAUCCUCGGUGCAGAGCUGUUGGUUCGGAAAGGCUCUUUUCCCCUUAAGGCUGCCCAGGCAGGAACUCGGUGACCUUCAGGAAGCACUAGAUGUCUGACUUUUUUUCUCAAGAUUUCCUUGGCAAAGCAGGAUGUAAUUCAGCAACCGAAGCAUUUGAAAGAAUGGGAAGUGUUUGGGACCUCAGAUAUGAAGAAAAAAGUGUUUUCUGCACAGUUACAAAAAGUGUAGGAGUACUUUGUAAGGGAGGCUAGUGGCGUUAAAAUAUCUACGUCCGGUCUCUGCAGCUGUUGAUCUAGGCUGUGUUUAAUUUUUUACUUACAUUGUGGACCACGUAAUACCCCAGAUCUUUGCAUUUACCACAAAGACAAUUACACUGAGAGGAGUACGGUGUGCACUUCUGAGAAGGCUGGGAACUGUGCAGUGGCAGGAGGGGAGUCCUGUGCCAGUGCUUGUAGUUAAGUGGUGCUGCUCGUGCUGAGCAGGCAGAAUUCCCUCCGUAGUUGUUGCGUGUGUUUCCAUAUACAGCUGUAGAGGAUACCUUAAAUACUGCAGUGUGGAUUUAUUGGAAGUGUAAGUACUUAUUACAUCAUCCAAAGCAACUGGUAAGUUUGGCAGGAUCACAGCUGCUUAUCGGGCCCUGUUUGUUGCAUACAUGAAAAGAACUGCCUUUCCCUGAGAAAAUGUAGAACCAUCGUGGAGGUUUUACGCUCCCUUUAAAAGCAGUGGAGACAAGAACGCUUUCUACAAGACCUAGCGGGGUUUGGGGAGAUGGCCAGGGUAUUAUCAUUUGAUUUUGAUGCCAGUAAGUUUUUUUGCUGUGAAUAGGAAAGGAAUUCAUGAAAGGAAACACGAAGAAUGACGCUGUCACAGGAGCAAGCCUCUGAACAACUACUGAGUUUUAAGCUGGAAUUUACAGUCUCAUUGAGGCCAAAUCCUGCCCUUCCUGCUUGGACAAGUCUCCCACUGAAGCCAAUUAUCUCUGCUGGAGUUUUGCCUAGGUAAAAUUUUGGAUUGCAGAUACCCAACGUAAUUACAAGACCUGUUGUUUUAAAUCAUUGUGAAACUAGGGUCUUAAAGGAAGAGUAACAGGCAGAUAAAUACCUUCAAACGUAAAAUGUUGAGGCAUGUAUUGGGUUAGUACAGAAGAAUAUGGAAGGAAACGUCCUGAAGACAAAGAUUAUGACUAAGUUCAGUAAACAAGUAACUAUGUGGCAUUGCAGUUAGGGGGUACGGAAGGUAAGAAGGUCAAGGAAGGCCAUUCCAGGGGGUUGAUCUAGUGGCCAAGCAAUGAGACCUAAAAAUUCUCAACAUAAACCACCAGGUACUGGGGAUAAACACACACAGUACAGAAAGAAGUGGGAACAGAUUGUCACAGCUGGACUGGACACGUGUCCUGUGUUAACAUCACAUUUGUCAUUCCCAAAGUUACGCACUUCAUUUUCCACUACAAACUUACAGAAACUCAGGAACAAGAAGCUGAGGUUGUGGGGAGCACAGCUCAUGCUAAAGCAACUAACGCCACAGUGCUCUGAGGUUUUCAGUCUAUUCAGUGCCUUUAACAUUUUUAAAAAAAUGAUUAGUGUCUCAACGUGCAAGUGCAAAAUGGCUGGAGGUAGUGCACGUGAGCACAAGGUGAUAGAGUAAUGCAUCAUUUUGACCGUUUCACAAAGUGGGUCCUGCUUUAAUGCUUUGACGCUGUGUACUUGAUUUUGCUGUCACUUUGACCAUGCCAAAAUAUUUAUGAUAGAAUUAUAGACUGAAAAUGAAGUUCUAGCCCAUUAGAAACAGCAGAAACUUCUGUUCCAUGUAAUUCCUCUGAAUUUUGUUCAGGUAUUCCUGUCGGUGUUUACUCUGCCGCCUCUAUGCCUGUUUACCAUACAGAUUUACCGAUCUACUCUGGAUUUGAUUUGCAGAUCUCCUUUACUCCACAGAACUCACUUUGUCAGUUUGUAUCAUUCCGUAUAGUUAUCUUUUUUUGUUCUUAAUGCCACUGAAUUUGUCCAGUCGGAUAUGCUACACACUAUAAAUAAAAUCUUUUUUUAAAAUAA